AUGCUCCUGCCCCUGCUCCUGCUCCUGCUCCUGCCCCUGCUCCUGCUCCUGCUCCUGCUCCUGCUCCUGCUCCAGCUCCUGCUCCUGCUCCGGAUCGUCAAGGAGGUGGCGGAGGACCUGCUGUCUCCUUUCACCCUUGAAAUCCUCUCCUCCCUCCUCCAGCAAACCAGCGGCGAGGUGUUGGGCAUUGACAUUGGAGGAGGCUACACCAAGGCUGGCAGCUGGAGUGAGGGGCGGGUCGAGAUGAUCUACAACGAGCUCUCGUCCGCCUCCACUCCCUCCUGGAUCCUCGCGCGCCACAGCGACAUGGUCGUGGGCAGCCACGCCAAGGAGGAGGCGCACGCGAACCUGGGGAGCGUCGCGUACAACAUGAAGCGCUUCCUCGGGCGACGAGCCGACGACCCGUUCCUGACGUCGGACAGGAAGCGAGUCCUGUGCAGCACCAGCCUGCGGCAGAACAAGCUCUGGUACGUCAUGGAGCGCGAGCGAGGGCCCGUGGAGAUGCUCCCCGAGCAGCUGCUGGGCCUCCUGCUGGAGCGAGUCAAGCGAGACGCUGAACGUCAGCUGAACAAGACCAUCUCGCACGCCGUCGUCGCGGUCCCUCCGCACUUCAAUCGCGAGCAGCGACAGGCGGUGGAGCGAGCGGCGAUCUUGGCAGACCUCAACGUGCUGCGAAUCAUCCACGAGCCAACGGCAGCAGCGACGGCGUACGGGCUGGAGAGCGAGAGGAGAGGAGCGAUGCUCGUGUGCGACUUCGGGGCGAGCUCCUACGACCUGACGCUCAUGACGGUCGAGGAUGGGAUCUUUGACAUCAAGGCGACAGCUGGGGAUAUGAACCUGGGCGGAGAUCAGCUGGACGAGAGGCUGGUGCAGUUCUGCACGGAAGAGUUCAAGAGGAAGCACGGGAAGGACAUCAGCAAACUCGAUGAAGCACAACGAAAGUUAAGCUACAAGUGCGAGCAAGCGAAGAUCAGCUUGUCUGGGGUGCAUCAGACGACGAUAGAGGUUGACAACCUGGCGGAGGGAGUCGACUUCUUCCUCUCCAUCACCCGCGCUCAACUCGAGUCUCUCUGCUCCGACCUCUUCCGUAACGCCCUCGACCCCCUCGACCGCAUCCUGCGAAAUGCCAAGAUGACCAAGGAGGAGGUCAACAAGGUUGUGCUGGUCGGCGGCUGCUCCAAGAUCCCCAAGUUUCGUGCUCUGCUCGAGAGCUACUUCCAAGACCAGGAGAUCCUCAAGCACGCGCACGUGAUCUCCGGGAGGAGGGUGAUGAAGGAGGUGGAGGUUAGCCUGACUGUCGCUCCUCUCUCGCUGGGCAUCGAGACAUCAGGAGGGGUGAUGACGGCAGUGAUUCAUCGAGGAGAAGAUCUGCCGGUGGAAGGAAAGGAGUUCACGUUACAUACUGUUAGCGACUACCAGGAGGCGAUCCUGCUAGAGGUCUAUGAGGGGGAGCGUCUCUUUGCGCGCGACAACGAGCUGCUGGGGAGGCUGCUGCUUGAUGGCAUCCCCCUGCUCCCGCGGGGCCAGCAGGUCAGCGUCUUCUUCAGCAUGGCGACCGACGGGACCGUCGAGGUCAGGGCAGUGGCGGGCAAGAAGGACCAGCAGCUGGUCAUCACGAGCAACAAGGAGAGAUACGACAAGCAGAAGGUCCGGCGGAGCAUCCUCGACGCGCGGACGCACAAGGAGGAAGACGAGGCAAGACGCAAGCUGGUGGAUGAGAGGACGGAGGUGGAGGGGUUCGCGCACUGGCUCAAGACCUCCAUCGUCCCCUCCAUGUCGUCGAGCCAGGGGGAAGCGAGGAAGCGCCUGCUGGACCAGAUCGAGCGGACGCUCGAGUGGCUGCGGUUGCACCCCAACGCCCCCUCGGAGGAUCUGGAGCUGCACAAGGAGGCGUUAGAGAGCGCGGAGCACGAGGCCGUCAGCCAGGGGAGACAAGACGAUCAGACAUUGCGAAAGAUUGAAAGAGUCGACUGACAC